CUUCCCUUUUUUUUUUUUUCCUUUUUGUUUCAUCGAUAUUACUUGAUCAAUAAAUAAGUAAAUAAAAUUAUAUAUUAGUUUGAUUCAUACUCCCACGGUCAUGAAAAGUAUUAUCAAGUAUUCACCAUUGUCCUAUGAAUGCACUGACCAAUCUAACCAGCAACAACAAAAGUCAACAACUAAACGAGUCCGGUUAAAGAGAAGAGUUCGUAUUAUGUUUGAAGACGACGACAGCGACAGUGCCACAUUAAUCUCUGACGAUGAAGAAGAAUUUGACGAGGAUAAUAGCAACAACAAGGACGACAUUGAUAUUGAGAUUGAAGACGAUGACGAAGAGGAAGAAGAAGAAGAAGAAAGUGAUGAUGACGACGAUGACGAUGAAAUGGAUACUGACUAUAUUGAUACUAAUGACGAGGAAGGAAAUAGUGACAUACAUGACAAUAAUGACAACACUGACGAUGACGACGACGACGACGACGAAAUGGACAUUGGUGCCUUAUUUAGUGACGAUUUUGGUCCUUUACAGUUUAGGGAUCCAAACGACAAACGAUUUUUAUUGGGAUUUGAAUUACGACACUUUGAAUUGGAUUCAGAACUUGGUCUUGAUAACAUCAAUCUAAGAGCCGAAGAAACAACCCCUGAAGAUGUCUCAUUGAAUGACAACUUGGCUGAAGGCUUGGUCAAUGCUUUACUGAAUAGUUCUUCUCCUGAUGAUAAAAAAAAAGGAAAUGCAAUGUUACGGAAACUCAAAGGUAUGGAGCCUAAACCAUUUAAUCAAACCAUCAAGAAAGAGAUGAAGAAAAAUAAAUCAACAAAUAAACAAAGCACAUCAAAAAGCAACAUUGGCAAUAUCAAAAAGAAAUAUGUUAGACCAACUCGACAGAGACAAAAAGGAAAAUCACACUUGCUUCAAAUGGAUUCUGGUGAAUAGGAUAGUCUGGAUACAUUUAGCACUUCUUUUUUUUUUUUUCAUUAUAUCCCAAUACUCUCUAUCAAUUCUACCUUCUUCCGAUCCUAUAUAUACAAUCAAUACCAAUAGAUUAGCAUCGUUUAGCAUUCUUACUCUUCAAUAAAAAUAAAAACAUAAAAGAUCGUGUUUUAUUGAAUAUGAUUUUUCUCUUGUUCUAUACCGA